GGGCGGCCGCUGGGAAUGGCUGCGCCCCCUUCGGCUCCGGUGCCGCGCUCGCCCUUUUACCUGAGGAGGCCCGCGCCCGGCCCGCAGUGCUCAUGGGGCAUGGAGGAGAGAGCGGCGGCAGGCGCGCGCUGCCGGGAGCCGCCGGGCCCCCUGCGGGCCGCCGCCGUCCCGUACUUUGGAAUCUCUGUGCACCAGGACGACAUCCUGCCCGGAGCCCUGCGCCUCAUUCAGGAGCUGCGACCGCACUGGAAACCCGAGCAAGUUCGGACCAAGCGCUUCACUGAUGGCAUCACCAACAAGCUGGUGGCUUGCUACGUGGAAGAGGACAUGCGGGACUGUGUGCUGGUUCGGGUGUACGGAGAGCGGACGGAGUUGCUGAUUGACCGGGAGAAUGAGGUCAGAAACUUCCAGCUGCUGCGAGCACAUGGCUGUGCCCCCAAACUCUACUGUACCUUCCAGAAUGGGCUGUGCUAUGAGUACAUGCCGGGCAUGGCCCUGGGGCCUGAGCACAUCCGUGAGCCCCGGCUCUUCAGGCUGAUCGCCUUGGAAAUGGCAAAGAUCCACACCAUCCACACCAACGGCAGCCUGCCCAAGCCCACCCUCUGGCACAAGAUGCACAGUUAUUUCACUCUUGUGAAGAACGAGAUCAACCCCAGCCUUUCUGCAGAUGUCCCUAAGAUAGAGAUGUUGGAACAGGAGCUGGCCUGGCUGAAGGAGCACCUGUCCCAGUUGGACUCGCCUGUGGUGUUUUGUCACAAUGACCUGCUCUGCAAGAACAUCAUCUAUGACAGCACCAAAGGUCAUGUACGGUUCAUCGACUACGAAUAUGCCGGCUACAACUACCAAGCUUUUGACAUUGGCAACCAUUUCAAUGAGUUUGCAGGUGUGAAUGAAGUCGAUUACUGCCGGUACCCAGCUCGGGAGACCCAGCUGCAGUGGCUGCGCUACUACCUGCAGGCACAAAAGGGGAUGGCCGUGACCUCUAGGGAGGUGGAGAGGCUCUAUGUGCAAGUCAACAAGUUUGCCCUGGCAUCUCACUUUUUCUGGGCACUCUGGGCCCUCAUCCAGAACCAGUUCUCCACCAUUGACUUUGAUUUCCUCAGGUACGCAGUGAUCCGAUUCAACCAGUACUUCACGGUGAAGCCUCAAGUGUCUGCCUUGGAGAUGCCAAAGUGACCAGCUUCUCUCUCCCUCCCCUUGCCAUCUGCCUGGAAGGCUGAUUCUCUGGGGCUUGGUUCUGCUCUGGGGUCCAUACCAUUGGACAAAAUGGGAGAGGGGACAGGUGGGUAUCCUGGGAGAAGACUCCACCAG